AUGGCUGCCCAGUCGACGUUGCGGCCUCGAGAAGACCCGUUGCUCCACCUGUACAUCCACUACUCAAACCUGCUGCGCGCUCGAUUCCGGAAGUCCUCCAAAACUACAAAGUUAGUCGCAACUACGUUUCUUCUGUUGUCGAUAAUAGGAAGCGGAUAUGGAGGUUAUAGAUGGUGGCAGGAAUGGUCCAAGGAACGGGCUCAGGGGAAACGUCUGCUGAGAAAGAAUUCUGGCAUUCGCGGCAAGGAUGGUUCGCGAAUAAUAUAUGUCCCGUACAGAUCGUCUGUCUCCUCUUCCGAAACCUCAAGAGUCACUAUUCGCCCGACGAAACCUACUACAUUUGAUGCCCAUCGGCGUCUUUUCUUGAAUCCUCCCAGAGCGGCUGGCCUCGGUGACGUAUCGUCCAUGGUGUCACAAAUCCCGCCACUCUCCACCAAGCCAGGCUUGAAUCUAGCCUUCUUGCACCAGUUUCUGAGCCUCCUAAGUAUCAUGAUUCCGAGAUGGAGCAGCAAAGAAACCGGGUUUCUGAUCGGCCAUGGCGUUUUCCUUAUGCUCAGGACGUACCUAUCUCUUGUUGUAGCGAGACUUGACGGAGAGAUUGUGCGGGAUCUAGUUGCUGGCAGGGGAAGAGCUUUCAUUUGGGGCCUCAUCAAAUGGUGUGGCAUUGGAACUUUCGCUUCUUAUACGAAUGCUAUGAUCAAAUUCCUCCAAUCCAAAGUAUCGAUUGCCUUUCGAACCAGGCUCACUAGGUAUAUACAUGACCUGUACCUUAACGAUAACAUAAACUACUACAAACUUUCCAACCUUGAUGGAGGAGUUGGUGAAUCGGCGGAUCAAUUUAUCACCCAGGAUCUCACACGGUUCUGUGCGGCCUCUGCGAAGUUAUAUUCUUCCAUUGGGAAACCUCUGGUGGAUCUCUUCGUUUUCAACUAUCAACUUUAUCGUUCACUUGGACCUCUCGCACUGGCGGGUAUUCUGAGUGGCUAUUUCGGCACAGCAACUAUACUCCGCCGUGUUUCCCCACCAUUUGGAAAGUUGACAGCGGUUGAAGGUAAAAAAGAGGGAGAUUUUAGAACCCUCCACUCUCGACUCCUAGCAAAUGCUGAGGAGGUGGCAUUCUAUGGCGGGGCUGAGAUGGAACGUGUGUUUCUCACCAAGAGUUUCAAGGAUCUGCAGCGAUGGAUGGAAGGAAUAUAUAGCCUGAAAAUCCGCUAUAAUAUGCUUGAAGAUAUGAUCCUUAAGUACUCUUGGUCUGCUUUUGGAUAUCUCAUCACAUCGCUUCCUAUAUUUCUACCUGCCUGGGGCGGUCUUGGGGGUGUUUCCGAGAUGGCUUUCUCUUCGGAAACUUCUGGGAGAGAGAGGGACCGAAUGAAAGAUUUCAUCACAAACAAGCGUCUUAUGCUCUCCCUAGCAGAUGCAGGUGGUCGCAUGAUGUACAGCAUUAAAGAUCUUUCGGAAUUGGCUGGGUACACUUCCCGGGUAUACACUCUGAUUUCAACUCUCCACCGCGUGCACGCUAAUGCAUAUGCCCCUCGCCGUGGUUCUCACCCCGAACUUUACUCUCUUUCGGAUGUGCAGGGCACGAUCCAUAGUGGCUUCGAUGGCGUACGUCUAGAGCAUGUUCCUGUGGUGGCACCCUUUCUCUUUCCCCAAGGUGGUGACGAGCUUAUCGAAUCAUUAUCCUUUAUUGUUCAUUCCGGGGAGCACCUUUUGAUUUCCGGUCCCAAUGGCGUUGGUAAAUCUGCUAUUGCUCGCAUAGUCGCUGGGCUCUGGCCAGUUUACCGUGGCCUAGUAAGCCGACCUAGAAACUUUGGUGUGAACGGUAUAAUGUUCCUUCCCCAGCGCCCGUAUUUAAGCAUAGGCACCCUACGUGAUCAAGUCAUCUACCCCCACAGCGAAAUGGACAUGCGAGAGGAUGGAAAGAGCGAGGCAGAUCUCCUUCAAGUCCUCAACGACGUCCAUCUCGGCUACUUGCCUGACCGUGAGGGUGGUUGGGACUGUCGCAAGGAGUGGAAAGAUGUUCUGAGCGGCGGCGAGAAACAGCGCAUGGGCAUGGCCAGGCUUCUCUAUCAUGAACCUAGAUAUGCGUUCGUCGACGAAGCCACCUCUGCCGUUUCUUCUGACGUCGAAGGCUUACUCUACGAACAAGCUAAGCGACGCAACAUCACUCUAAUCACAAUCUCCACGCGCCUUUCGCUUAAGAAAUACCACACAUUCAAUCUGACGCUUGGCCUGGGAGAGGAUGGCACCGAAUGGGAGAUCGACCGGAUCGGAACGGAGAAGGAGAAAAUGGGCGUUGAGAAAGAGAUACAGGAGCUAAGGAAACGACUGGAUAAGGUUGAGGCAUGGAAGGUUCGGAAGCAGGAAAUAAACGACGAGCUGCGUAAAGUGUGGGUGGCUAAGAGUGAGGCUGGCGAGGCUGAACUAGCUCCCCCCCCUUAUCAAGCAGGCAAAGCAGAUACGAUCGAACAACGUCGAAUAUGA